ACAAUCUUUAUUGUAAUACGUUGUAAGUACUCCAUGGUUACUAGCAAGAUCUAACAAUGCAGGAAUCAUCAAGUGUAAGACUGUCUUGUGAUGUUACCAGUUUGAAUACGUAAAGAUUUUCAUCCAUGUGAUAUGUACACGCUAGCAUGUUUUAUAUACUGGUUCCUGGCUGGUUUUCUGUAUAUUGUGAUUGGCAUACCGUAUGCCAUCCUGAAGCUGUCAAUUUACUGUCUACAAAUAGGAUUCAGUAACGAGUGCAGUGUAUGGUGUCGACUAGUAUCCUUCAUAUUGAUUGAACUUUCCAUUAAUUUGUCGCUAGAACUGGUGAAAGCAGUGUUAAGGGCAUGUGAAGAAGGCCACAAGAUAACCAAAGGUCAUACGUUUGAAGAAGAACAGAACAGACUAAUGGAAAACAGCAAAAUAAGUCAGACAUCGUCAGAAUGGAAACUGAAAUAUGAGUUGGAAGAUAAAGAGUACGGCGAUUUGAAAAAGCAGUUGAAGGUCAUUUUUACACGCCAACAAAAGAGACGACAUGAUAUAAUAUCAAAAUUCAAAAGAAAACGUGAUAGUUUGAAAACUGAACUGGAAAACAAAACCAAACUGUUCUCUGGUGUUAAAUGUAAAACAACAGCCUUGGCUCUGGACACAGAAAAUAUGAUUUUACAGAUACGUAUUGGUCAUGCCAAACUACAACGAUUAAAAGAAGAAAACACAAAACGUAUGGAGCGAUAUGCUGAACUAGCAGAGAAAAUACAAUGGGAUUAUCGACAAUCGAGUCUUGCAGAUCAAGAAAGACCUUUCUUUGAAUUUUCUAAUGACACUUACGAUUAAACUCAAAGUUACUUA